AGCGCGCCCGCCCCAGCCCCGAGUCCCGCCGCCUGCCCUCCCGCCGCAUCGCGGGCUCAGCGGCCGCCGCCCCAGCCAUGGAGCAAGACAACAGCCCGCGGAAGAUCCAGUUCACAGUCCCGCUGCUGGAGCCGCACCUUGACCCCGAGGCGGCGGAGCAGAUUCGGAGGCGCCGCCCCACCCCUGCCACCCUCGUGCUGACCAGUGACCAGUCCUCCCCAGAGAUAGAUGAAGACCGGAUCCCCAACCCGCUUCUCAAGUCCACGUUGGCCAUGUCUCCACGACAACGGAAGAAGGUGACAAGGACCACACCCACAAUGAAAGAGCUCCAGAUGAUGGUUGAACAUCACCUGGGGCAACAGCAGCAGGGAGAGGAACCCGAGGGAGCAGCAGAGAGCACAGGGGCCCAGGAGUCCUGCCCGCCUGGGAUGAAAGACACAGAAGCGGAGUUAAGGCUGGGCUCGUCUGGGAGAGCACAAAAGCCUGCAGAACCCAUCCCUAAAGCUCAGGAGAGGGGCAGUGAGAAACACAGCAAAGAGGAACCCACAACCCAUAUACCACCAUUGGAUUCCCAGGGAGCCAACUCGGUCUGAGAGUGGAGGAGCCUCAGUGAUUCCCGGCUUCAAGAUGUGGUCCCUCCUCCAGAGAUGAGGAAACCACCACCCCUAUUCCAACCUGAUAGCAAAGCUGGGUUGAGAACACAGUGACUAUUAAUGACAAGGCCCUGGCUGGGAGCCUCUCUCUCCCUGGUCUAAGACACGGAGGGGCCAGGGCAAAAGACAAAAACCCAGAACAGGGAAAGAAACUUCCCUGGACAGCCAGGCCUCUCCUGCCUACUGCUUUUGAUUUUUCCAGGUGGUGGAGUGGGGAGGGGAGAAGGAAAGGCAAGAAUCGCCCUUCCUUACAGAAGAAGCACUUUGGCAGCGAGAGUCUCAGGGGUCCCUACUAUGUGCCCUCAGGGAAGACCUCACCUCUCCAGGGGGCCCCAGCAUCCCCACCCACAUACACAAUAGGGAGAAUACCACACCAGGAUUUUUUCGAGCUUCACAGAGACAGUAUACAUGAAGAUGCUUCCAUCCAGUGAACACGAAACACAACCAGG